AACACGAAGGACAUUUCCUGAAAAUUAAUGACUGUCAGGAGGAGUUGAGGGCCUGAAAAGUACAGGAAAGCAAGAUACAUUGGUCUGUCAAGUAAUGUGAGGCUCUGGAUCUGAGGCAGCAAAUCUUUUGGAAGAAUAUAAUGUUCCAGAGAGUAUUUUUCUUCCAAAUGGAAUAGAUCUUCGCCAGGUUACUGUUCUGCCAAAGGCAGAAUGGGUAAGGAUUCGAGACAGUGUUGACAGUGCAGCUAGAGAAGCAGCACGGAUUCAUGCAGAGAGGAAAGAACGGAAAGAUAUGCACUUACGUUCCAAAGCAAUUGUGAAAAACUGGCCCAACACCAUUGCAGGCCAGGCACAGAGGAAACUUAAAGCCAGGAAAUUGCGAGAAGAAAAGGAGGAAGAAGAAAGAAAACUACUUGAUCUGGAGGAAGCACAGUUUCAAGCAGCAAAGCGGAAGGAGGCCAUAGAAGAGGCCAAAACUUAUCAAUAUUAUCAGAAUGAGAGAGUGAAAGGGUUACAUAAAGCACUUUUACUUACUGAGGUCCUAAAGGAAAGAGAUGCUCAGAUUGAAUUUAAAAAGACAAAGCCAGAUAUUUACAAAAAAAAGGAAGAAGAAAUGGAACGUGAGCGUGAAAAAGCUAUUCUGAAAGAGCAGGAAAAGGCAUAUGAACGCUAUAUGAAUCGACAGGCACUUUGCAGAGACCACCUGGAACAAAUAAAGGAACAUAAGCACCAGGCAGAAUUAGACAAAAUAGAGGCAAAAAAAGAAGGCGAAGAGAUUCAAAGACUGACCAAGUUAUAUGAAUUGGAAGUGCAGAGAGAAAAUGAAAAGAAACUGGAGGAAAAACGUGAACAUAGGAGGAUGCAUUGUGAGCAUGUUGCUGACCAGGAUAUUCUUAAAGCUGUACAGGAACAAAAACAAGAAGAAGAGAAUGAUAAAAUUCGAGCUCACUUUAAAGCAAAACAAAAUAUGGCCAAACUGAGAAGAGAAAAAGAAGCUGAAAUGAACAGGUUAAUGCAGGAGCGUAGGGAUAUUAUUACUAACCGUCUAGUUGCACAGAUGAAACAGACAUUUGAGAGGAUAGAUGAACGUGUUGCUAGAGAUGUUGCAGAGAGAGAAGCUGAGUGGGAAAAAGAGCUCAAAGAGAAAGAAGAAAAAACCAAAGCUGAAUUGAAAUCAAUUGCAGAACACAGAGCCACUGUGAUAAAAAUGAAAGAGGAGAGAGAGAGAGAGGCAAGAUUAGAGGGUAAAGAAAAGCUUCGUGAACUAAUGGAAGCAGACCGCAUCUAUCUGGAAAUGGAGAAAGACAAGAAGCGAAGAAACCGCAAUGAAAACAUAAAAAUGCAAAAGACUCAAAUCCAGCAAAUGGCUGAAAAACGGGCAAAAGAACAGCAUGAGAAACAAGCAGAAUUGGACUAUGAGGCCCAGAAAGAAGUUAUUGCAAUUUGCAAGGAGCAGGAAUUUCAAGAAUAUGCAAAUCAAGUAAUUGAUUCAGAAUCCAAGACAACCCGAAAUAUUUAUCCUCUUCUCAAAGCAGCAAAGGAAGGGACAGGUGGCGGCCAUGGACCAGUUUACAGAGAAAGAGGAGGAAUAAGGCCUAGUUACCAAGCACGAGAUAUCAAUGGCACUCAGCUACCUUCUUAUAAUUGUAACACUACUGAAGAAAUAAAAGAGCUAAAUAUCAAUGGUAACAUCCAGCAAGCUAAGGGAAGACUAGGUUUUACAUGGUAAAAAUAACUCUUUGGAGUCUUUACAAAAACAAGUCCAAUAAAUCUGUAAAUGAUCCAUGUUGUAUGAAACCCAUGAAAGGAACUAUAAAAGCCAUAAGUACUCCAUGGAAAGUUGAUAGGGAUCCAAGUGUAUUUUCCUAAACAUUAAAAGUUGUAUUUUACUAAAGUCACGAUGUUAAAGCAAAUAUACAGGCAGAACUGAGUGAUGUACUGUUUAUAACCAGUGUAGAACCUUACUUUAUAUAUAAGGUCAUAUAAAAAAACCCAUAAUAUUUUGGUUUCAUUUUUGUAAGUUUCAAGUUCAAUCUUUUACAGCUACUCUUGAAUACCCACUGUAAAGUGUUGCAUUUGGCUUUUUGCAUUGUUAUAAUCAGUGAGUGCUAAGGAAAAACAAAUUAUCCUCAAAAGAUACCAAAUACUUUUCAAGAGUGUAGGAAAUACAUGAGAAACAAAUACUAAAUAACAGAACAAAGAUA